ACACAACCAGCGUCGUCGUUUUGAGUAGGAUUGAACCUGAAAACCUAAACCCUAAAACCCUAGUCGCACCCAAAUCUCUCCCAGACGAAAAGGGACCGGACUCCGAUGUCGGACAGAGAAGAUUACGACUCGGACGCGCCGGAGGAGUUCACAGCCGAGCAGGGAAUACAGCAAGAACAAGAACUCAGUAAGCUUCAGAAAGAGAAUAAGGCCAGGGUUGCUCGUGAAGGAAAAGAACGUCGUAGAAAAUGGGCCCAGAAGAAAACACCACGGAAAGCUACUACCCAGGUUGAAAGUGUUCAAGAUGCUUCUGAAAAUGAAACACUUGAAGAAUCUUCUAUGGGCACUGCUGGGAUGCUUCCUUCUAACAUUGUUGAACUGCUUGCAGCUCGUGAGAAGCAAGUUUUUUCAGACUCUGAUGAUGAGAAGGAUGACUUGAAGCCUACUAAGAAGAAAAAACGAAAAAGCUCAGGGGUUGAAACUAUUAUUCUGAAUCAGACAGCUCCUCCUCCAUGCUUAGAGAAGUCCUUGGAAUUCUUAAAGCAAAGGAAAAUGCAGGUCCCCAGAUCACAAGCAGUAUUAAAUAACUCAAGCCAAGCAUUACGCUUUCUCACUUCUUCGGGCGUGUUGAGUAAAAAGCUGACAAACUAAAAAUGUCAGUAUCUUUUUCUUCUCAAUGUAUGCUUUUGUAUUUUUAUUCUCUCACUGAUCAUAGUGGCUCCUGAUGAGCACUUGGAAAUGAUUGAUGAACAAAUAGAGUGAUCAUGCCUAUGGGUUAUUCCUUAUUCCUUAUCUACAAUUUUUUGUAACUGCAUUGUUCUC